AUGCAAUGGUGGAGGACUGUUGCGAGAAAGUCUCUCUGUGUUGCCCAGGACCUGCAGCUGAUUAAGUUGUCGCGAUCUAGGUCGCUGCAACGGUGGAUGCCUGAGUGUAUUCUCAUUGCUCGGUACUGUUAUGGUAUGGGAUGGAUCCAAGUUGGCUUAGGGUCUCAUCCCGAAGGCAUUCUGGAAAACCUUGUCGCUCCUAUGGGAGGUGAUUUCCAAGGAAGCUAUUCCAGUGGCUUGGUUGCGCUUCCUGAUGAAGCGCACCACCACUUGCUGUGUCUUGAGCCGAUCGACCCCACGACUAGCAUCUUCAUAGAUGGGAGCUACGUGGAACCUCAGUGGCAAGAAAGCCUGUGGCAAGAAACCAUAUGGCUCGUUUAG